CUAUAGGCUUUUUACCGUUGAACGCACAUUUUUGACGUGUGAGGGGAAGUGCAUUUCAUUAACGUACAGUAGCCGUUCAGCCAACCUCCACAGCGCUAGCUCGCAGUAGGCUACUGAGUGCUGGUGAUGGCAUAAGGAUAGGACUAAUGAGAUUUCUGCAAAUGAUUCACCCAAACCAACAAAUAUUAAGUGACACGAUUUUCCGUUGUUCUACUCCAGACAUCGGCUUGCAAUCACAAACUGCACUCUGUGGAUUUUAAGAUUUUAAUCUAAAAAGCCGCUUCUGACUUUAAUGGUGAACCCGUGUCGAGGAGAGACAAAGGAAAGCAGUAAAGGCCACAUCAAUUAGCCAGCAUUAACAGAAGAAGAAGAAAAACUACUCCUGUUGAGAUCAGCCAUCUUCACUAAAGUAAAGCUCCCGCCCGACCGCCCCGCGGCACAGCCAUGAGCGAGCAGAAGAGGGAAGCCAUGGUGGGCCUCCCGUCCCCCACCACGACCCCCACCUUCACCCCCAACGCCACCGAGGCGUCCAGCACAGGCACGGGAGAGCCCCAGGACGAGGCCUUCUCCAAGCUGAAGAACAAGUUCAUGAACGAGCUCAACAAGAUCCCGCUGCCGUCAUGGGCCAUCAUGGCCAUAGCCUUCGUCGCGGUGCUCCUCAUCCUCACCUGCUGCUUCUGCGUCUGCAAGAAGUGCAUCUUCAAGAAGAAAAACAAGAAGAAGGGCAAGGAGAAGGGCGGCAAAAACGCCAUCAACAUGAAGGACGUGAAAGAUGGAGGGAAAACAGAGGCCUUGAAGGAUGAUGAUGAUGAUGAUGAUGCAGAGACAGGGCUGACCGACGGCGAGAAAGAGGCCGAGCCCAAGGAGCAAGAGAAACUGGGCAAAUUACAGUGGUCCUUGGAUUACAAUUUCACCGAGAACCAGCUCAUCGUGGGGAUCAUCCAAGCGGCUGAGCUUCCCGCUAUGGACAUGGGCGGCACCUCGGACCCCUACGUCAAAGUGUACCUGCUGCCUGACAAGAAGAAGAAGUUUGAGACCAAGGUGCACAGGAAGACCCUCAACCCCAGCUUCAAUGAGCAGUUCAUCUUCAAGGUUCCCUACACUGAGCUCGGAGGAAAGACGCUGGUCAUGACUGUGUACGACUUCGACCGCUUCUCCAAACACGACGCCAUCGGUGACGUCAAGGUGCCCAUGAACAAGGUGGACUUCAGUCACGUGACCGAGGAGUGGAGGGACCUGCUGAGCGCCGAGAAGGAGGAGCAAGAGAAGCUGGGGGACAUCUGCUUCUCCCUGCGCUAUGUGCCCACCGCCGGCAAACUGACCGUGGUCAUCCUGGAGGCCAAGAACCUGAAGAAGAUGGACGUCGGCGGCCUAUCGGAUCCCUAUGUGAAAAUCCACCUGAUGCAGAACGGGAAGAGGCUGAAGAAGAAAAAGACGACAAUCAAGAAGAACACACUCAACCCCUACUACAACGAGUCCUUCAGCUUUGAAGUGCCAUUUGAGCAAAUCCAGAAAGUGCAAGUGGUUGUGACUGUUCUGGACUAUGAUAAGAUCGGCAAGAACGAUGCCAUCGGGAAGGUGUUUGUGGGGCUCAACAGCUCGGGCACCGAGCUUCGGCAUUGGUCAGACAUGCUGGCCAAUCCCAGGAGACCCAUCGCCCAAUGGCACGUGUUGAAACCCGAGGAGGAAGUGGACGCCCAGCUCAGCUCCAAGAAAUAGGGGGGGAGGACGCCUUUCCAUCCCUGCCUCGCGUCGCGCUCUUUAGCCAGUAUGUGUAAAUACCUCAGUGAAAUGUGGGUCCGUUCAUUCACGCCCCUCCGCCCCCGACAGACCUCACGUGUUUUACAUCCCAACCCCCGUCAGAUUCGCAUUAACGUUUCAGGUGUAGAGGUCCUGUUUAAGCCCCUCCCCCAUUCACCUCACCUCUGUGAUUUCCCCGGCCCCGCCCCCUCCUUCUUUUAAGCAAUAUGACCUGUAUAGAUAGCGCAUGAUUGAAAUUAUUUAUUGUACCAACACAGUUGUAUAUAUCGGUAUGCAGACAAAAAUGAUUUCUAGUUUAUGUGUUUGUAUGUUGUUUAGCGUUUCCUAAUCUGUGUAUAUCUAGAUGUUUUUAAUAAGAUGUUCUAUUUUAAAAGAUGUAAAUGGAGAUAUUGGAGAGCUGAUAUUAUAUAUAUUACAGGAUUCAAAAUUCUAUCUUACUGCAUUCCGGAAAAAAGAAAUUCCAACCUGCAAGAUGCUAGUGGAGGUAUACUCACAUUGAAAAGGAUGGUGUCAGCCUGUAUGUUUACGUACCAGACAUUAAACAGAUUAAAGAAAAGGUAGAAAACAAGGCCAUUAACUAAUAUGGUUACAUGGGCAAUAUGCUGCUGAAAAACAUAAGCACAUGGUUUCUUAUGACUUUUUAUACAGAUGUUUUUGAUUGAGGACCUAUGAGUUUAGCUUUGAAACUGCCUUUCCAAGAAUUUCUAAAUCGGUGCAAGCCACAUUUUUUCUUAUCGUUUAAGGCUAGGCUUGUGAUGCAGUGGGUUACUUUGACAUAAAACAGGUCCUCAUUUUAAGGGCAUUCUUUCCUUAAAUGGUCUUUGUUUUUAAAUAAGUUGGUCCUCAUCUAGUCUGUACAUUGCCCUCUCCACCAAGAAUAACACAACAACCCUUACAAUAUAAAACCAAGCUGUAGCCAUUGUGUACUUUAGCCUUGAUUAACAAUAUAGCCUAUUGUUGAUCGCUUAGUUCCAAUUACCUUGUUGUUGAUAUUUGUCAGCUUUCAACAAGGGUGAGACCGUUUCAAUUAGCUUUAUAAUUAAUAUGUUUAGCUGACGUCAGUAUCUAAAAAAAAUAUUUUAGUAGCCGAACUGCAUGAUUUUUUUAACGAUCCUAGCUAAAGGCUAGGAUAGGAGGGGUUGUGCUUACAUUGGGGGAUCUCAAUACGAUCCCCUUGCCUUCGACUAAAAUAAAUCAAGAAAACUACUUUUGCAGUUUAGCUGGCAUAUUAUUGAAAGUAGUUCAUUGGGUAGAGCAGUUUUAUACUGUGUUUCACGAAGAAAGGUGAUAUGAGUGGUUACACACUGCCAUCUUCAGGGAGGUAACAAAUGCAAACAUAACCUUCGUUAGCGCGUCUUUAUUUCCGAUACUGGGAACUAUGUAUUUGGUUGUACCAGUGCCCUGAAUAGCAGACGUUGCUUUGUAUUGCCUUUUCACAGUGACAAUAGAGCUAGCCGUGUUAUACUGCCAAUUUCAUUUAUCUUAAGGCUGCUUUUUUGCACUGUAAUUCUGUUGAAUAACAAUAGCCAGUAGUUGUCGUUCCGGUUCUUUAGGAUGAUGGAAUUGCAACUAUGAGUCCCUAACUACGAGACACUCAGCUACAGGUACAAAUUCUGGAUGGGAUUAUGUGCAAACAUCAAUGGCCGCUGUUCCGUUCAGUGGAGUUGAUGUUAGCAAACUGGCCGGUUUUCUAGAGCGACAAAAAUCACAGAACGAUUAAACAAAAACACAAGGGAAACCGUACAAGUUAAUGGUCUUAAAAUUGAAUACAUCAGUCCACGUGUCCUCUACUACGGGUUUAUACAAGAGGCGUAAAAGUGAAAGGUUUUAGUCAAUGAAAAACAUUUCUCUCAUCUUUGAGGAACCUCUUGUGUGUAGGCCUACUAGACGCUAUAGCGUCAGGGGAGUUUGUAAGUGUUCUCAAUGUUAUUAUGUAGUUAAUAGCACUAUUAUAAAGCUAUCUGUCAUUCCAUAAGAGUCUAUGUAAGGCCUGCUUUGUGUACCACUGUGACUGCCGUGCGUGCUUAGAGAUGUAGAUUUCUCGGUAGAUAGCGACCAGUUUAUUCUGUAGUGAUAUUGUAGUACUACUGCCAUUCCCUUCUACUGCACUGCUGAAGGCCUGCGUAGUCACGGCCACUCCAGCAACUGUGGACCAAUCAGGAGCUGGCGGGCUAUGCACAGGAGAACGGGAGAGAGAGAGCGAGAGAGAGAUUCAAACGCGAGCAGGUGGAUUCACACAGCAUUUUGUUGAGCACUGUGCAAUAUUGUAUGUUCAUCCCAUGGUGUUAGUGUGGGUGGCUAGCCCCAGGAAGAGAAUUCCUGCUUUACCGGAUAUAUUCCUUUCCAUCCUUUGGUUAGGACACAGCACACGUAGAGUCUAUGUAGGUUAGACACGAACACAUUCUUCGUCUCUUCUCCUCUGUUCGGGUUCCUCGUCCUUUGCGUUCGUUUUUCUCCCACACAGAUCCAACGCUAGAAUAUCAGGAAACACAUUUGGAAAUACCAAAACAUGAGACAAAAACCCAUGACAAGUGUAUAUAUUUUUAUAAUUAAAUGUCCAAAUAUGAUUAAAUGAACACAAUUAUGCUUACUGAAAUUAUUGAAAACAAUAAUGAACGAUGAUAUAUGUAUUGGUUUUAUGAAAACCUGUUGUACUAUUGUUUGUAAUGAUGAUGACUGAUGAUAUCAUUGAUUUUAAUAUUAUGUUGUCAUAUUAUCAUUUUAGGAUCCUAUCGCCAGCCCUUUUAUAGUGAAAUUUAAGUGAACCUGAAUGUAUUGGACUUUUUUUUUUGUUUGGUUUAUAACUUUUAUUGUGGGACCAGAUGUAGCUAGCACUUUUUUAAUUGUUGCAAUAAAUAUUAUUUAUGUUUUUUUUAAUCUACCUAUUUCUGUAGAAGCAGCCCAAAUUUAACCUGUACUUUUACUCUGGAACUAUAGAUACACACACACACACACACACACACACGUAUUUGUGUACAUGUAUAUGUGUAUAUAUGCACACAUGCAAACACAAACAUGCACACACACACUGUCAGACAACAUUGGCUCUACUUGGUAUUGUCUUGAAAUGAGGGAUCUGAUAGUUCUAUAUUUAUUUAUUAUAUGUAUAUUGAAUAAUCCUAAUUUUCAGAAUUGCUUGUUUAAAAAAAAAACUCAAGGAUAAAAAGGUCAAAUGUAAAUGUGAAAAAAAAUCCAUGGGAUUACACAAUGCAUUCAAAGAUUUGAUAGUGGUCUUGAGAAAAAAGAAACUUAAUCUUAAAAAGCGUUAAAAACGCAUCAGGUCAAACCGUAAAAGACUGCAUUGCGGUUUGCACGAGCAGAUUGUGAGGUCUGUAAAGUAGAUUGUGAAAAGCCAUUACCUGUACCUGCACUGCAACGCAAUGCUACUUUUACCCACGCCCACCAAAGUGUGCAAGCAACCCCUUCGAUUUCCUUUUCAACUCAAUCCUGAACUCGCUGUGUGACCGAGAAUAUUUGUUCCUCGAUGACAACAAAAGCCACACUUACCUUUCAGACAAAAGCUGUGUAAAGUAUUAGAAUCUGAUGCUGUAGAAAGAUCCUAGUUGCCUUUGUGUAUAUCAACUGCCUGCUUGAGUACUUUUGUGUGUGAAAACUUUCUCUGUAAUCCUGUAGAAAUGUUUGGGGUGUUUUUUCUCGCCAUAUCGCUCGUGAAGAUGACGAGCUGAAGAUUAUAUUGCUGUGUAUACCUUCAUUAUUAUUUAUUAUGUUUUUUUAUUUUUUGGCCAAGGUGUUUUUUGAUUUGGUUUCACUUUGUGUAGUGAUUCACUCUGUGGAGUGUUCUGAUCGUUGUUAUAUAACUUCAUAUUCACAGAUGUUCAAUAAAAAGGUUUUUUUUCCUGUUGAUACAGAACCUUUCCAUGUGCUUUCUUGUUUUGAGCUUUGACGCCUCUUUUUGCCAAGGUGUCGCCCCAUUAAAAUUUGUUCAGAAUGACACCGGCUUUCAAAAAUGUUGAAUCCUUCAUCGGUAUCGAAAAUAAUGCUAAAUAAAGUAGUGUGUAAAACAA